CUGGCAACACAUUCUGUAUUUAGCAACUCUGUUUUACAAUGAACUCAUAAAUGAAAUUACUCAACUGUCAUGACGACAGGAGACACCUCGAACCAAAAAAAAGGGAAAAUUUUAACAAAAUUGUGAUUUUCCUAAACGAUUCAUAAAGUGUAAAUAUUAAUUUUCAAGUUCUAUAUACCCGCCUUUUGGAGAUUUUGUAAGCAAACUCAGUCAAACACAACACCAUGGCUUUCAAUUUUACGGCAUUUACCUAUAUAAUUGCCCUGAUAGGUGAUGCAUUUUUAAUAUUCUUCGCAAUAUUUCAUGUUAUUGCUUUCGAUGAAUUAAAAACAGACUAUAAAAACCCUAUAGAUCAAUGUAACAGUUUAAAUCCUCUGGUAUUGCCGGAGUAUUUGCUGCAUAUCUUCUUGAAUUUAUUAUUUUUAGUAUGUGGUGAAUGGUUUUCAUUAUGCAUCAAUAUACCCUUGAUUGCUUAUCAUAUAUGGCGUUACAAGAAUCGUCCCGUUAUGUCAGGGCCUGGUCUAUAUGAUCCCACAACCGUAUUAUCAUCCGAUAAUUUAACCAAAAAUAUGCGUGAGGGCUGGAUUAAAUUGGCAAUCUAUUUAAUAUCAUUCUUCUACUACAUCUAUGGCAUGGUCUACUCUCUAAUCUCAACGUAGAUGUUAUAAUGAAAGUUUAUUUAACGCUCGUCGUCCAAACCAAUUAUAAAUAAAAUGAAACAAUUAUUAGUGUGUCGUACAAUUGUUAUCUACGUAUUAGAAAAA